AUGUGCAGAGGCUCACCUGCGGCCAGGCGGCCCCCUCUGCGCGGCCCUCUCUGCACACGGGGAGGGACGGAGGGGGGGCGGAGGCGGGCGCGCCGGGCGGCCGGGGCGGGCUCGGGGCCGCCGGACGUGACGCGGCCGACAGCGACGGCGGCGGCCUGUCGGAUGUUGGCCCGGAGAGGGGCGGAGGCGCCCCGGGGCGGCGCGACGGGGCCGGUGCUGUGGUGCCUGUGGCUGGCGGCGGGCGGCGUGGCGCGGGGUUGCGGGGCGCGCGGGGCCGCGGCCCGGGCGGGGCCGGCGGCGUGGGCGGUGCGCCUGGCGGCCCCCCCCGAGGGCUCCUCCGACGAGCAGCUGGACCGGCAGGCCGAGGCGGUGGCGCGGGACGCCGGCCUGGUCAGCGCGGGCCGCAUCGGGGAGCUGCGCGGCCACUACCUGCUGGGCGCCCCGCCGGGCGGGGGCGGCCCGCACCCCCCCCUCCCCGAGGACGCGCGGCGGCUGGCCCAGGCCGUGCUGGCGCGGCACGAGCGCGUGCGCUGGCACGCCCCGCAGCGCCUCCUCAAGAGGUGCAAGCGCGCCCUGCGCUUCAACGACCCCAAGUACCCCCAGCAGUGGCACCUGAGCAAUCGCAAGAGCCCCGGGAUGGACAUCAACGUGACGGGCGUGUGGGAGAGAAACGUGACCGGCCGAGGCGUGACGGUGGUGGUGGUGGAUGACGGCGUGGAACACACCGUUAAGGAUAUCCAGCCCAACUACAGCCCUGAAGGCAGUUACGACUUGAACUCCAAUGACCCUGACCCCAUGCCGCACCCCGAUGAGGAGAACGGGAACCACCACGGGACCCGGUGUGCGGGAGAAAUCGCGGCUGUCUCCAACAACAGCUUCUGUGCUGUGGGAGUUGCCUAUGGGAGCCGGAUUGCAGGGAUCCGGGUCCUGGACGGGCCACUUACAGACAGCAUGGAGGCCGUCGCUUUCAACAAGCACUAUCAGAUUAACGACAUCUACAGCUGCAGCUGGGGUCCAGAUGACGAUGGCAAAACCGUGGAUGGGCCCCACCAGCUUGGAAAGGCCGCCUUGCAGCACGGAGUGAUCGCCGGCCGGCGGGGGUUCGGCAGCAUCUUCGUGGUGGCCAGCGGCAACGGAGGGCAGCACAACGACAACUGCAACUACGACGGCUAUGCCAACUCCAUCUACACAGUCACCAUUGGCGCAGUGGAUGAGAUGGGCUACAUGCCCUUCUACGCAGAGGAGUGCGCCUCGAUGCUGGCCGUGACCUUCAGCGGGGGUGACAAGCUGAUGAGGAGCAUUGCAACGACGGACUGGGAUUUGCAGCGGGGCACGACCGGGUGCACAGAGGGCCACACGGGCACCUCUGCUGCAGCCCCUCUGGCGGCUGGCAUGAUUGCCCUCAUGCUGCAGGUGCGCCCCUGUCUCACCUGGCGGGACGUCCAGCACAUCAUUGUCUUCACGGCCACUAAGUACGAAGACCACCGGGCCCAGUGGGACACCAACCGGGCCGGCCUGAGCCACAGUCACCAGCACGGCUUCGGUUUGCUCAAUGCCUGGAGGCUGGUCAAUGCUGCCAAGAUCUGGGAAUCAGUCCCUUACUUGGCCUCCUACGUCAGCCCCAUCUUGAAGGAGAACAGGGUCAUCCCCCUGGAGCCCCGGCGGCUGGAGGUCACCUGGAACGUCACAGAAGCCGACCUGGGACUGUCAGGGAUGAGAACCCUGGAGCACGUGGCGGUGACGGUCAGCAUCACCCACCCUCGCCGGGGCAACCUGGAGAUCCGCCUCCUCUGCCCCAGCGGCAUGGAGUCUGUGAUUGGGACCGCGCGGAGUAUGGACUCAGACCCCAACGGCUUUGUGGACUGGACCUUCUCCACGGUGCGCUGCUGGGGGGAGGAGGCCCAGGGCACUUACCAGCUGGUGAUCCACGACGUGGGUGACGAGACGCUGCGAGCGGGGGUGCUGCGGCAGUGGCAACUGGCGCUGUACGGGUCCUCCUGGUCUCAGGCCGAGAUCAAGGAGCGGCAGAGGCUGCUAGAGGAGGCGAUGAGCGGGCGCUUCCUGGAUGCUGACUUCUCCUUGCCCUGUCCGCCUGGCUUGAAGGUCCCGGAGCAGGAACUCUACACCAUCCCUGCCAACACCCUCAAGACUCUGAUGCUGCUGGGCUGCUUCGCGGUCUUCUGGACCCUUUACUACACACUGGAGGUGUUUCUGUCCCGCCACCAGGUGGCCUGUGACCUCACCGCCUGCCGCAGCGUCCGUACUUGCCCGUGGCCCACCAGAGGCAGGGCACCCUCAAGCCUGGAGGACGGGACGGAGAUGGAGGAGACCGUCCCCCUGUGCGCGGGGGAAGACGUGGGGGUGGAGACUGAGACCGAGCAGCUCCCGGCGGGCCAGGAGGGACGCAAGGGCACCUGGGCCAGCCACAGCCCUGGGCACACUUUUCAAAAUAAACCAAUGAAAAAGCCAAAGAUGGCCGUUCUGCUCUUCCUCUGCGUGGCCCAGGUGUUGGGCCCGCCGAAGCCAUGGUGCCCGGCAAGGAGAUCCCCCUCUCCUUACGCUGGAGCCGGGCCAGGGUAUCUUCGGGGCUCUGGGAUAUGUGAGAAACAGCUGGAGCAGGAGACAGGCUGA